CUGCGUGUAUUAAUCAUGUACCGUCUAGCAAUGAGGACAUGGUUGGCGAUAAUGAUUGUACUAUUUGGGACAAGCCUCUUCUUCGACAUCGCCUCGGCCAGUCUCACAGACGGCACCUGUAGAGGCAGAAUGGGCAAUCGUGAGAUCUACAAGAAAGUUGAUCGUGUUUGUGAAGACUGUGCUAACAUCUUCCGAUUGCCAGGAUUGGAAGGAUUGUGUAGAGAUCGGUGCUUUUACAACGAAUGGUUUCUGCUUUGUCUGAAGGCUGCCAACAGGGAGGACGAGAUCGAAAAUUUCAGAGUAUGGGUCAGCAUCCUAAAUGCUUGAGACUUGAGGCUGAAUCCGGAAGGACCCAAUCCUUUUGCCAAGCCUCCUUCACACCCACGACACUCGGCAACCAAGGAUACUUAUCAUUACAUUACAAUGUUUUGGUUUUCUGUUACUAUAAUGGUACUCUUAAAAGAGUUUACAAGGCCUGUUGGUCAUGUAAUGUAUCUAUAAUGUUUGUUUGCGAUAUCAUUAUCUAGAUACCCUGCUUAUUUUUCAAUUCAUUUAAUGCAUUGAUUUGAACUUGGAAGUUAAACCAAAUUAAAAUCUCUUGUGUAUUC